AUGAAGCGCAUGCCUGCGAUGAACAGUUCUGUACAAGCUGUCUUCUACUCGGCUGUUCCGGCAACCGAGCAUCAGGACUCCCAGUACGUAGCCCUGCGAACGACUAUCCGCAUGGCGGGAUGGUUCACCUACACGCUGGGCUACACAACAAAGUUUGUGUUCCUCAAUGAAAUGUUCCCCACCGUCGCUCGGAGCGGAGGCUUCGGGCUAUGCAGCACUAUAGGCCGCCUGGGCGCCACACUCGAACCUUGGAUCAAUGUGUUUUUGAUGUCUUGGGGAGAGAAGAUUAUCCUUAUUUUAUACUCAGCGAUGCUUUUUGUGAUGUCGGCCUCCAUGAUUCUGCUACCGGAAACGUUUGGCAGUCCACUGCCAGACACAUUGGAGGAGGGUGAGCUCUACUCAGCGCUCAAGUUGUCGAAGAAAAUGAAGAAUGCGAGCGAACGCAAAGAUUUGUACAAUGUUGUUCAAGCCGAGGAUGGUGAGCUGAAGAACAAGAUCUGAGCUGGAUUGCACUCAAGUACGAGAAACAGAACAAAAAUGAUCACUUCAAUAAAGACCAAAAAAUGUUGUUAUUUGU